UAAAUUUGUGGUAGUGUGUCCGUCGUUCCCCCACCGUAAAACCUCAUAUUUACGAAUUUGACUUAUCACAGUGCUCUUCCACGCUUUUUCCAUUUUUUUGGAGCUAAAAGUCCAGUUUGCAACUAACCAAAAAAUAAUUAACUAAAAUGACAACUCCAGUAGUAAUAGCAGCCACUACUAGACACACAGCAACGCUAAUAUUUUUCCAUGGCCUUGGCGAUACAGGACAUGGAUGGGCUACUUCAAUGGGCGCUAUCAAAGCACCCCACAUGAAAGUUAUAUGUCCUACUGCUCCUACAAUGCCAGUUACACUCAACGCAGGCUUUAAAAUGCCUUCUUGGUUUGAUUUACGAUCUUUAGAUGCGACUGGUCCAGAAGAUGAAGAAGGAAUUCGCAAAGCUGCAGAAAUGGUCCACGGUAUGAUUGCUGAAGAAGUAGCUGCUGGUAUUCCAUCAAAGCGGAUUGUUCUUGGUGGAUUUAGUCAAGGAGGAGCUUUAGCGCUUUACAGUGCUCUAACUUUUCCUGAACCUCUAGCUGGUGUUAUUGCACUGUCUGCUUGGCUUCCUCUACAUCAAAAAUUUCCUGCAAAUGCUGUAGGAAAUAAAAAUAUACCAGUAUUACAAUGUCAUGGUGAUUGUGAUCCUAUUGUUCCUUACAAAUGGGGACAGAUGACAGCGUCGCUUCUUAAACAAUUUAUGUCAAAAGUAGAGUUUAAAACAUAUAGUGGAAUGAUGCAUUCAUCCUGUGAUCAGGAAAUGCAAGACAUGAAAUCUUUUAUUGAAAAACUCGUAAAACCGUAAUAAACAUUGAUUUCAGCAGUCUUUAAAUUGAUAUUACAAUAAUUCAUAAGUCAAGAUUAUUAUUAUUAUUAUUAUUACUUCUCUCUAAUAACUAUUUGAAUAGCGUCAAAAAUCGGCAAUAGCGAGUAAAACACUCGAAAUAUCAUCUGAAAUAAAU